AUCGGACGGCGGAGGAUACGUCUUGUGGGUGGAGUCGCCGGGUCGGCUAGGGCGCAGUGUUCGGGCCAGUUGGGAUCCCCUCCGCCUCCGCCUCCGCCUCCGCCGCCGCUCAUCUUCUUCCGCCGUCGCCGCGCGCCGCCCUUCCACCUCGAUAUCCGCCGGAGAGGGGACCCGUCACCAUGUCCCAGAACAACCCCUCCCAGCUUCUCCCCUCAGAGCUGAUUGACCGGUGCAUCGGGUCCAAGAUCUGGGUGAUCAUGAAGGGUGACAAGGAGCUCGUGGGCACUCUCUGUGGGUUCGAUGUGUACGUCAACAUGGUGCUCGAGGACGUCACUGAGUAUGAAUACACUGCUGAAGGCCGUCGCAUAACAAAGCUUGAUCAGAUACUCCUAAAUGGCAACAAUAUAGCCAUUUUGGUUCCUGGUGGUUCUCCCCCAGAUGUGGCAUAAACAAGUACUCCCCUGGUAUGCUUGCUUGAGUUUGAUGGAGACAUAGGCUACCGAGUGUUUUACUUAGAUCAAAUGUGUUUCUUCCAUUUGUGGCUGUACUGAAGUUUAUUAGUUAACUGACCUGAAGUAGUGUACCUGCAAUAGCUGCACCUACAUGAGGUACUGCUUGAAGAAACCUGAUAAUGGUGAGCGUACCUGCAAUGGUUGCAUAUGUGCUUCAACAUUGUUGAUUUGAUAAUUUUUGCUACAUGCUGCCUUCUCUGAAAAUUUUGGUAUUCUUGUGUUU